AUGAGCGACUUCUGGCACAAACUGGGCUGCUGCGUCGUAGAGAAGCCACAGCCUAAGAAGAGGAGGAGACGGAUCGACCGCUCCAUGAUCGGGGAGCCCAUGAACUUCGUCCACCUGACACAUUCCUGGCUUUUUCAGCCCAAACUUGAACUGCCUGAUCCCCCAAACGGCGGCGAAGCCAACCUCGAGCGCUUUAACCCCGCG